AUGGCGGACCAACUCAACAUGAACGGACUCAACCUUGGCGAUGCCGGCCAAUCUGCUGGCCAUCGCUCCUACAUUCCUCCUCACCUGCGUGGCCGCCCCGGCGCCAGCGCUCCUCCCCCUCCUGCUGCGGCAGCAAACGGUCCUGCUCCCGUAGCAAACGGCCCUGCUCCCGUCUCUGCCGCUCCCAACGGUGGCGGCUCUUGGUCUGGAAACCAAGGUGGCUAUGGCGGCGGUGCUAGAAACUACGGCGGCGAAGGCGGCGGCGGCUUCCAGGGCAACAACCGACGUGGUGGAUGGGGCGGCGGCGGCGGCCGUGGUGGCUACUCUGGCGGUGGUGGCCAGGAGGGUGGUCACGGCGGUGGCGGCGGUGGUUAUGCUACCCGCGGCUCUGGCGAUGGCCAGUGGCGCGAUGGCAAGCACAUCCCCGGCCCCCCUAACCCCCGUGUCGAGCGUGAUCUCUUCGGUACUGCCGAUGACCCCUCCAAGCAGCACACUGGUAUCAACUUCGAAAAGUAUGACGAUAUUCCCGUCGAGGCUUCCGGCACGGACGUUCCGGAGCCCGUUCACCAGUUCACCACACCUCCCCUGGACGAGCAUCUGUGCAAAAACAUCGAGCUUGCCCGCUACCAGAUCCCCACCCCCGUCCAGAAGUACUCUAUCCCGAUUGUCAUGGGUGGCCGUGAUCUGAUGGCCUGUGCCCAGACCGGUUCCGGCAAGACUGGUGGCUUCCUUUUCCCCAUUCUCGCCCAGUCCUUCAAGAACGGGCCUUCCCCCAUUCCCGGCGGUGCCCCUGGCCAGUUCGGUCGUCAGCGCAAGGCCUACCCUACCGCCCUCAUCCUGGCUCCCACUCGUGAGCUGGUUUCUCAGAUCUACGAAGAGUCUCGCAAGUUUGCCUACCGCUCUUGGGUUCGUCCUUGCGUCGUCUAUGGUGGUGCCGACAUUGGCUCCCAGCUCCGCCAGAUCGAGCGUGGCUGCGAUCUGCUUGUCGCCACUCCCGGUCGUCUUGUCGAUCUCAUCGAGCGUGGCCGUAUCUCUCUGUGCAACAUUAAGUAUCUUGUUCUCGACGAGGCCGAUCGCAUGCUGGACAUGGGUUUCGAGCCCCAGAUUCGCCGCAUUGUCGAGGGCGAAGACAUGCCCUCUGUAGCCGAUCGCCAGACUCUCAUGUUCUCGGCCACUUUCCCCCGCGACAUUCAGAUGCUCGCCCGCGAUUUCCUCAAGGACUACAUUUUCCUUUCCGUCGGUCGCGUUGGUUCCACCUCGGAGAACAUUACCCAAAAGGUUGAGUACGUCGAGGACGUUGACAAGCGCUCCGUUCUGCUCGACAUUCUCCACACUCACGCCGGUAAUCUGACCCUCAUCUUCGUCGAGACCAAGCGCAUGGCCGAUUCGCUUUCCGACUUCCUCAUCAACCAGAGCUUCCCCGCCACCUCCAUUCAUGGCGACCGCACUCAGCGUGAGCGUGAGCGUGCCCUCGAGUUCUUCCGUAACGGUCGCUGCCCCAUCAUGGUGGCCACUGCCGUUGCUGCUCGUGGUCUCGAUAUUCCCAACGUCACUCACGUUAUCAACUACGACCUGCCCACCGACAUUGACGACUAUGUUCAUCGUAUUGGUCGUACCGGUCGUGCUGGUAACACGGGUAUUGCCACUGCCUUCUUCAACCGCGGCAACCGCGGUGUUGUCCGUGAGCUCAUGGAUCUUCUCAAGGAGGCCAACCAGGAGGUUCCCUCGUUCCUUGAGGCUAUUGCUCGCGAAUCUUCUUUCGGUGGCGGUGGUCGCGGUGGUCGCUCUCGUGGCGGCGGUGGCCGUGGUGCUGCCAACCGUGAUUUCCGCAAAGUCGGCGGCGGCUUCGGAGGCGGUCAGGGUGGUGGUGGCAGCUUCGGUGGCGGUCAGGGUGGUUACGGCGGCGGCGGCGCUGCCUAUGGUGGUGGUGGUGGUGGCGGCAACAGCUAUGGCGGUGGUGGCGGCGGCUACAGUGGUGGCAGCUACGGCAACCCCAGCGGCCCUGGCAGCCAGUCCUGGUGGUAA